CGCUUCAGUGGAAGAUCACUAGGUUAGGCUUUGUUCAGACGGUAGCUUCGGCGCCGCUUUUACUCCUUUGUCGGUUCUGAUCAGCACGCCACUGCCAUGAAGUGGGCAGUGCUGUUGGCCACCCUUGUGGUGGCAGCUUCCGCUGAGGUCUACCUGAAGGAAACGUUUGAUGACUCGUGGGCGGACCGUUGGGUGAAGUCCAAGUGGAAGCAAAGUGACGGCCAAGCUGGUGACUUUAAGCUGAGCGCUGGCAAGUGGUAUGGCGACGCUGAGGCGGACAAGGGCAUCCAGACUGGGCCGGACUCGAAGUUCUUUGCUUCGUACGCUCCUCUAGACAAGGUCUUCGACAACACCGGCAAGGACACCGUCCUGCAGUUCUCGGUGAAGCACGAGCAGGACCUGGACUGCGGCGGUGGCUACAUUAAGCUCGUGCCCGCUUCCAGUGAGAAGCAGAUGGAGUCCUUCGGUGGUGAGACUCCCUACUCCAUCAUGUUCGGCCCCGAUAUCUGCGGCUACUCCACCCGCAAGAUCCACGUGAUCCUGACCUACAAGGGUAAGAACUACCUCAUCAAGAAAGACCUGAAGGCGGAGACCGACCAGCUGUCGCACGUCUACACUCUGGUCAUCAAGCCCGACAACACCUACAAGGUGUACGUUGACCUGAAGGAGGUGGCCUCUGGGUCUCUCUUCGAGGACUGGGACAUGCUGCCCCCUAAGACCAUCAAGGACCCCAAGGCCAAGAAGCCCGAGGACUGGGACGAGCGUGAGGAGAUCCCCGACCCCGAGGACAAGAAGCCCGAGGGCUGGGAUGACAUCCCCGCCACCAUUGCCGACAAGACCGCCAAGAAGCCUGAGGACUGGGAUGAGGAGGAGGACGGCACCUGGGAGCCGCCCAUGAUCCCCAACCCCGAGUACAAGGGCGAGUGGAAGCAGAAGAUGAUUAAGAACCCUGAUUUCAAGGGCAUCUGGGUUGCCCCCGAUAUUGAGAACCCCGAGUACAAGCACGAUGACACCCUCUACAACUUCAAGGACCUGAAGUACGUCGGCUUCGAGCUGUGGCAGGUGAAGUCGGGCUCCAUCUUCGACAACAUCAUGGUCACUGACGACUUCGAGACCGCCAAGGCCUUCGCUGAGGAGACCUGGGGCAAGAGCAAGGACGCCGAGAAGGAGAUGAUGGAGAAGGUGAAGAAGGAGGAGGAUGCCAAGAAGGCUCCCCCUCCCGCCGCCGCCGCCGCUUCUGAGGAGGGCGAGGACGACGAUGACGAGUACGACGACAAGGAGGAGCCCGCCGCCACCGGCUCCGUUGAGAUCCCCAAGGAUGAGGAGGUUAAGGAGGAGGCUGCCCACGAUGAGCUGUAAAUCUCUCGUUGAUGGUAGUUGAAAUUCUUGCGGAUUGUUGGAGGACAAAAUCAAUUAAACACAAACCAUAACAUGACUUGACGUUUCUCGGGAUGGAGCGAUGGCUUGAGAGGAUGAGAGGUGUUGACCAUGCGACGACUGGGAUGAAGGCACGUGACGGAAUUGUGAUGGUGGAAAGCUCGACAGGUUAGGCUUAUCUGACUCGCAUAGGCAGGAUGCUCGCCGGGCGUGCGCCCGAUUUUGCAAUGCGCGUUCAUGCGUACAUACAUGCUGUAAAGGCAAAUCCACA